AUGCUAUCUCUGCAUCGGUUCGAUCGAAGGAACAAUCAGGAUAUAUCGGAUUGGGCAAACAAACACCGUGCGUGGAUAGAAAUUUGGAAUCAAAGAGACACGUUAGUGCAAUCAGAGAAUAGACCUCACAAUCAGUCAGCAUAUCAGAAGUAUCAAGUGUGGUAUGCGGAUCGUUACCGGUUAAAGCUGAAGCCAGGUUGGACUCACGAGGAGUGGUCGGAGUUGGUGUCUGAAGACCCGGAGACUGCAGAAGGUUAUCAUACCUUCAACACGGCUGUGAGAGACACCAGAGGGGCUCAUGUUGACUACGCACCGAUGCAUGACGAAAUGGGCAGAGAGUUGCUUCUGUGCGUCAACGAUGCCAAUGUUGCACUGAGUCAUCCAGCUGGUGGUGCAUUAUCUGAGAGGACUCUUAGGAGCACGAUGGAGAAGUUCAAGAAGCGGUUUCAUAAGAUGGCAGCUAUGCUUUCUUGCCAUGGUGCUAAGUCCAGUGACGUGUAUGCACCAGGUAGCCGCGCCGCCAGAGCUAAUAAACGGCGUUAUGUCCAGAACGAAGAGGACAUAGAGGAGGAGGUCAAUGAAGAGGAGCCAGCACAUCAAGAGGAGCCAACACAUCAUGAUGAGCAUGAGGAGCCAGACGCCAGGAUUCUUGGCGUCUGGCUGUAUGUCAGGGGACCAGACGCCAGGGUCCUUGGCGUCUGGAUGUAUGUUAGGGGACCAAACGCCAGGGUCCUUGGCGUCUGGCAGUCUACUGACACCAGAAACAGGGUAAAGCAGGGGAGCCAGACGCCAGGGUCCUUGGCGUCUGGUCCUGGUGCAGACAAUGCUUUUUCACUUGUAGUUUUGUCUUUUCACUUGUAG